UGGGCGAGGGUGGCUGCUUCCUGGAGACCGCAGGUGUUGAAGCCUGCGCUGCGAUCGGCUUCCGAAGCUCGCAGGAUGAAUGUGGGGGUGGCACACAGCGAAGUAAACCCCAACACUCGAGUGAUGAAUAGCCGGGGCAUCUGGCUGGCCUACAUCAUCUUGGUAGGACUGCUGCAUGUGGUUCUACUCAGCAUCCCCUUCUUCAGCAUUCCCGUCGUCUGGACCCUGACCAACGUCAUUCAUAACUUGGCUAUGUAUGUCUUCCUACAUAUGGUGAAAGGGACACCCUUUGAGACCCCUGACCAAGGAAAGGCUCGGCUACUGACACACUGGGAACAGAUGGACUACGGGCUCCAAUUUACCUCUUCCCGAAAAUUCCUCAGCAUCUCUCCUAUUGUACUCUACCUCCUAGCCAGCUUCUAUACCAAGUAUGAUGCUGCUCACUUCCUCAUCAACACAGCCUCAUUGCUCAGUGUACUGCUGCCUAAGUUGCCCCAAUUUCAUGGGGUUCGUCUCUUUGGCAUCAAUAAAUACUGAGGGAUGGAGCUGAGGACGACGUUGGAACAAAAGUCUGUAACAUCUUUCCCUUCUCUGUACUGUCUUCUGUAUCUUGAAAGCCUGAGUAUACCAUUCCCAGACUCCCAGGAAGAGAACAGAAUGGGAUGAAAAACGGGGCUUCCUGGGCCUAGCCCUGCUAGGAGGAGGUUUAUUUGAAUCAGGAAAGGCAGGUGAGAUAAGGGACUAAACAACUCUCCUCCACAGGAGGCCAUGUUUGGGCAACUUGUUUGGUGAUUAAGUUUUUCCAUAGCUUACACCCCAUCACCUUCCAGCUCUGUUUUGCUGUAUAUUUUCCUUAUAAUAAAGGUAAUUUUUUUUCAGAUACGGCUACUAUUUGGUCAGCACAGAAGAGUAGGGAGAUGUCCUCAUAAGGCUGGGGGGGAAAGAAGGAACAGUGACUUACUGCACAAAUCUUCUCUAAGUGUUUUUUAUCCCCUCUCCCUCUGUUCCAUAGGAGGUGCCCUUCACUCUCAUCUAACACAGAGAAAGGAUUCUCAAAUGAGAAAAGAGAUACCAGCUAUUAUAAGAGCAAAGAAGAGAGGAAAGAAACAGGUUGCCAGUUACAUAUUUAUAGAAAGAUAAUUCCCUGGCUUUAAAUAGAUAUGUACAUACAAAUGUGAACAAACUUAAAAAAAUACAAACCCUUGGAUCAUAAGGGGGCUGCCAGGAGCCCCUUUAUCCUUCCCCCUCACCCAAGGGCAGAGGGCGUAAAUUUGAUUUUUAAAAAUUAUUAGCUUGGGCCAUCCCUGCAGCAAUAAGCAUGAAAUUGGGCAGUUACCCACAAGGUGAAAGAGGAAAAAUUCAGAGUUCCCACUUGCUGAACUCGAUGUGUCUCCUUAAUUGGGGCUACAUAUUUU